GGGGGCAGGAAAACGCAUCAGCAGUGUGUCAGGCUGAGAAUACUCACGUGUUUAUUAGGGCGUUCGGGGAUUCGUGUUUUAUGAGGGUGUUGCAGAGUUUAGAAAGCUCUCUUGUGCGGCAUGCGAGCAGGAGCAGAAAAGGUCCUUUAUGUGAAGGAGCCUCACAAAUCACGAAAGCUGCAUUUCUUUAAUGCUUUUGGCUCAAUCACUGCAUAAAAAGUUUUUAACUAACUUUUCAGCUGGUUGAGCUGCUUGGACUCAGAAUGGAGCCUUUGUGCUUCCUGUCCUAAUUAGGAAUUAAUUUUUAAUUAUGUCGGCUGAACAUUUUUUAUGAUGAGUGCCCGUGUUAGCCCGGGGUUCCUCAUUAUUCCUUUGACAAUGUGUGGUACUGGUUCAUGUAAUAUUAUCUGUCCUGCUGCGUUGUUCCUGUCUUUGUUACCUAUCUGAGUAUCAAAGCGUUUUGGAUAGCCUGGUGUAACUUUGAUUCAAGCUUGAUCUGCUUUACUUGACUCAGUCAUUCAGACCUAUUUCUGCAGCAGGGGAAUAGCACUUUCUGGAUAGUUUCUUGCUUGUGCUGCAGUUUGCUGUUAAAGGUUAGCAGUCACAUUAAGAAUAUUUUGCAACUCUGGAAAGAGGGCCCUCAGCCUGAGUGAUAGUUCUGAUGAACUUGGGUCACCAUUCCUAAAGCUGAAAGGUGGUGAGUGGUGCUUCUGCUGUAGGCUUUGACAUGGGAAUGUAUCGAGUUCCCUUUACUUUGAAUUUGAACUAAUAGUUCAGCAAAGCCAAAUCUCCGUGCAGUGCUAUCACACAAUGCUGUGGUACAAAAGAGCUUCUGUUGAUUUCAUGGCAGUGUUAUCUGGCAGAAUCUGGCCACAGACACUUUUUGUCUUCAGCCCAGCUGAGUGGAACUCCAAGAGCUGCUGACAAUAGGAAGUAUUUUUGGUGGGGAACGCAUGGAAAAGGACUGUGGCUUCAAUACAAACAAACAAGGUUAUAGUAUGGGAUGCCGCCACCAAGGCGGCACUUACUGGAUGCGUAGGUGGAAAUUGCAGCAUAUACUUUGGCGUGCAAUUCAUUACGGUCACUUCCUCGUUAUGUCCAUCCCUCACAUCUCUGAGCUCAGGGCUGGGAGCGGCUCCGGGCGCUGCGGCAGAGCCAGGAGGUCGCUGUUGGCUGCAGGGGCACCAGGCUGCAGCUGUUGGCACAGGGCCCCGUGGGCUGGCUGGGCUUUGGCCACUGCCCGCCCUAUAGCCAAAUGCAGCUCUGAUUGCGUCCGACAUCAAGUUGGCUGCAGUGGCUCUGAAGGGGAGUUUUGGCUUGCUGUCAAUUCAAACUCAAUCAUUUGCAGAGAAUUGGGAAAAAAAAAAAAAAAAAAAAAGUGGUGUAUUAUGACUUCAUAGCACUGUUUGUUCCUACGCCCCACCAGAAGUGGUAAGGGAAGCGGGCACCUUCCUAUUGCAGCUGGGCUGCUGAGGCAGGGCAGUGCAGGGAGCCCGUGGCCGAGUCCCAGGAGCCUCAGUGCCUGUCCUUCCUUCUGGCCACGUUUCCUUGCUGCCCUGAGAAGAUGAAUUUCAAGUAGUUUGUUUGACAAUACCAUAAACACAUGUCUUUUAAGAAUGACUUGUUUGUAUGCAAAUGGAUUGGUUUUAAUGACUGUCCGGUUCCUCAGUGCGGGCUUUAUGUUUGAGCAACAGCAUCAUUUGUUUGUAUUUCUGCCAAAUGAUGGUAUUUCUUCCUAUGGAAACCUCUGCUGUAAUCAUCAGAACACAAAGUAGCCCAUGUUUGGAGAAGUGGCAACGUGCAAGGCCUUUCUGCUGUGUUUCCAAAAAGCCAGGUUUUAAAGUAGUUUUGCCAACAAGAACAAACUGACAGGUUUUGUUAUUUUUUUCAGGAAGCACCAAUAGCUGUAGAGUCUAACAGGGGAAAGUGGGCUCCUGCGAUGCCUCCAGUGUAGGGAGCGGCUGCUGGUAGAGAUAUUGCUGUGUGCCACAUGGGAACAGACCACAUGCUGGACGCUUUGGUCAGUGCAAACAUACCGCAAAGUAAUUGCCAGCACCAAAUGUCAGGGUAGUUCAGACACCAUUCCACCGCAUGUACCGUGUGUGUGAGAACUCAGAUAAGGGUGCAGUGCCAAACUCAUGGGAUUUAGGAGUUGUGAAUUCCAGCCCUGAAUAUUUUAUUUCCCUAUCAGUCUUCUCUGUUUUCCAGCCUGGAUGUCCCCUCUCAAUUAGAUGAUGAAGUAGGGCGAGUUUAUCUGCAGUGCAGGGCGCUCUGGGCACGAGUUGAGGCUUAGCCCUUGCAGUGGACAUGUGCAAAGCCAUGGUUUCCAAGUCUUAUGAAUUAAAAUUAGCCAGCUGUGGGCAGCUAUUUACAGUGCAGUAAGAAAUGCUUCACCCAUACAGCGGCCAAAUUUGGGGGCUCGGCAAGGCACUGCCACCAAGUCCAAGACAUGAACUCCUUGCUUCCUGUAAUUGCUGCAGCCUCUGUUAAGUGUGCACUGUGCUCUCUUCCUUUAAUGAAGAUGAAUGUGCUAUAAAUCAUGUAUGGGAACCAGCCCAGAGACCUACUUGCAGCAGUAUUCCCAAAAGGCAUUUCAUAAUUUAUUCUAACACAUGCAGUAUGUUUAAAUCAGCAAGGAUUGCUGGGUAAGCCCAGCCCAGCGCUUUCUGCUGUUGAUAGAUCUCUGGCGUGCAGGACUGCACGGUCCCAGUUGGAAGUUCCUCGGUCUCCCCCUGCCCUUUCUACUUAGCACAGUGCUGCCGGGGCUUGGGGCUGCAGCUCCAGGGCUGGGCUCUGUCUCUGAGGGGUCUGAUCCAGCCUCUGAGACACACAAAUGUGUCCAGGUGGCGAAUAACUUCAGUGUCUUUUCUGGUUGGCUUAAGAGAUCUCACCAACUUCUUGUGCCUUCCAGUUGUAAGUCUCACUUUUUCUGCAACCUUACCUCUCUCCUACCACAGUGCUGCUCCUCCUUUCUCCCUCUGGUCUGUUAUUUAUGCCCUCCCCCUACUGAACGAAUAAAUUCUUGCUAUUAAUUGCCAGUCCAGCACCCAGGGGCCCUGUUUCUCGUGCAAGGCUGUGGACAUUACUUUGAAACAACUGAUGGAUGAUGGCAAUUGCUUCAGUGCAUGGCAACACAGUUGACUAACAGCCGGAAGAGUAAGGUAGCAGAGGGCCUGACUUCUGGAGACAAACACCUGCAGCCUGCACACACAGCUCUUCCAAACCACAGUCACCCAUGUACAGAGCAAUGAGUGGCCAUGUCAUUGCCAUACUGGUGCACAGCUGUGCCCAGGUGUGGGGCACAUCUUCGGGCCUCUCUCGGCAAGGACAUGGUCUGCUGGGCUGGCAGUGUCGAGUGCUGCCUGCCCAGAGGUGUCUUUCCCUUCAAAGUUGGGCCAGUCCCCAGUCUGGGGACAGCAGGUGAUGGUCCUUGGCUAACCUGCUGCGUCAUACUGGGCUCUUGGUACCGAGCUGGUGCUGGCAUACUUACACAGAGAGAUGGAAUGAAGGCAGGGACUUCAGUUCUCUCUGUCUGUUUCACUGUGUGUGCCUUUUUCAGUCACCAUGCCUGACAGAAGCUGUGCCACAGGAGCUCUGAGCACAGGCUGCAGCCAGCACCAGCAUUUGCCACGGUGCUCAGCAGCGCAGUCCCUUCAGCUGGUGGCAGGAGUGCAUCUGUUCAGAAGUACUCUGUCAAAAGUGAGUUAAGCUGCUCCAAAAGAAUCUGCUUAAAAAUAGCAACAAUCACUUAGCAGUGCUAGAGCGUGGGGCCGGGAAGCCGUGAGGAGCCAGGAGCAGGUUUAUUCAGGGUCGUAUCAGAGAUGCACACCCCUGAGUGCUACAGGAUCUGUGAGUGUAACGGUGCAAUGUCUCCCCAGGCGCUCUGAGGCAGCCCAGGGUGGGAGAGCCCCGUCUCACUAUGUGUUGCUCCAUCAGCUCCUGCCCGCCCGGCCCGUGUGCAGUGGCUGCAGUCCCUGUACAUGAGGCCUUCCCUCUGCUGUGCCCACCCCACUCCCCAUGCUGCCAUGCUGGGCAGCUGAUGAGUUAAUUUCCUUUGCGUUGUGUGCUGUGUAUCCCUGCCUCCUCCCUGCAUUUCCCCUGAUGAAACCCAAUUGCUCGGGAGCUGCUCCUCUGCGUGGCCAUUUUGGAGUCAUCCUCUGAUUUAAUCUCUUGUUUAUUAAGGCUAAUUUGUGUCCUGUGCUUUCCUUUCCCACUCGGACUUAUUUAUUCUCCUCAGCCCUUUCAGGUCACAUCAAGUCAUCGUGCUGUGCUGCUCAUUGCCCAUGCAUCAACUGAUGUCUCCGGGUAGCUUUCUGCAGCACUAACUAUCUGAUAUUUGGCUGGAAACUCUUCCUGUUUACAUCAGUGAAGAGUUUGGAUCUAACUGGGUUGGGUUUUUUUUUUGUUUUGUUUUGUUUUGUUUUGGUGCUUUUCCAUGUCUCUUUCUAGCAGUAAGUAUAUGUGUUUAUUAUCUUCAAGCGUUUGCAUGUCCCUUCAGGGUACUGUAUUUGACCCUCAUUUUCCUUUGCAGUGAAGAUCAGGUAUUCCUUGCACACCUUCCUGGAUUACAGCAUUCUAUCUUAUUAUUACUAUUUUAUUAUUCUUAGGUGCCAUGUAUUUUUCCAUUAAAUAGCAGAGCUCCUGGUGGGCUUGGGUAGGUGGGCUGUGCGCGGCUCUGCACUUGGACCAUUAUGGUGGGCAAGCAGUGACUGCUGAAGGGAACGAGGAAUCACAGCAGCAUGUGUUUGUGCUGCCAGAAUCUCCUUCACCUAAAUUCCACACACAUCGCUUAUGAGAAAUAAAGCAACCCUGUAACACAACAAAGGCCCCUAAAACUACAAAUGGAGUCUACCAAACGCAGCGGCCACACUGCACGGUGCAUCCUUUGGACUGCCCCUGGGGAGAGCUGUGCGCCCAAACCGUGUUGGUGGGUUUCAGUGUACUGCUGAGUCAGGAAGGUGAGCUCUUAGAAUGUGACAAUGAUAGGCGGUGAUUGUGGUGAGCACUUACAGUAUUAGUCAAAGGGCAUUUCUCAUUAAUUGUCCUUGGGAGUAUUUUUGUUACGUUCCCAUGUGGAUUUAUCUUUCCAUCAUAACUUACCGGGGAGUUUCAGUGCUGGUUUGAUCUCAAGGAUGCAUUGCACAACACCCUUUGGUAUCAGUGGCUCUGCCUGUGCAUGCUUGCCUGGUAGCUGAUUUUUCAGAGGAGCUGGUGACGUCAGCCCAGACAUCCGAGGUGAAGAUAAAGCCCUUGAUCUGCCCAUAGCACCCACAGUUCUGGUUGCUGAAGCGCUCUAGCAGCUUGCACUCAAAACAUGGUAGAUUUAAAACCGCAGUGAGUAUGCACGCAAAUAUUCCGGCACAUCUCAGAAACCGCUAUGAAUGGCAACGGAGGUGAAUGAAACACAACGGCUGAAAGGGCCUGCAAAACCUGAGCAUGGGGAGGAUGAUUCCCGUGACCGAGUUUCGCCAGUUCUCAGAGCAGCAGCCGGCGUUCAGGGUGCUGAAGCCCUGGUGGGAUGUGUUCACGGACUAUCUCUCUGUGGCCAUGCUGAUGAUCGGCGUGUUUGGGUGCACACUGCAGGUCAUGCAAGACAAGAUAAUAUGCCUUCCAAAGCGAGUACAGCCUUGCCAGAACCAAUCUAAUACUUCACAUGUAAUUAGCACAAUCCCAGAUACAACCCCUCUUCCUCCACCCAAGCCAUCAACCCCUCCAGCUACAGUUGAAAUGAAAGGACUCAAGACUGAUUUGGACCUUCAGCAAUACAGCUUUAUUAAUCAGGUGUGCUACGAACGUGCCCUGCACUGGUAUGCUAAGUACUUCCCUUACCUUGUCCUUAUACACACGCUGGUCUUCAUGCUGUGUAGUAACUUUUGGUUCAAAUUCCCUGGAUCGAGCUCCAAAAUUGAACACUUCAUUUCAAUACUUGGGAAAUGUUUUGAUUCUCCGUGGACAACAAGAGCCUUAUCUGAAGUUUCGGGAGAAGACUCUGAAGAGAAAGAUAACAGGAAGAACAACGUAAGCAAAUCUAAUACUACCCAACCGAGCACUGAAGGCACUUUGGUUAAGACACAGUCUUUAAAAUCAAUCCCUGAGAAAUUGGUUGUGGAUAAGGGAACACAUGGGGCAUUAGACAAGAAAGAAGGUGAACAGGCCAAAGCACUGUUCGAAAAGGUGAAGAAAUUUAGACUGCACGUUGAGGAGGGGGACAUACUGUAUGUCAUGUAUGUUCGCCAGACUGUGCUUAAGGUAAUCAAAUUCCUUAUUAUUAUUGCUUACAACACAGCACUUGUCUCAGAAGUUAAUUUUACAGUCGUCUGUAAUGUUGAUAUAGAAGACAUGACAGGAUACAAGAAUUUUUGCUGUAAUCACACAAUGGCACAUCUAUUCUCUAAACUGUCAUACUGCUACCUGUGCUUUGUAAGCAUCUAUGGCCUCACAUGCCUUUAUACUCUAUACUGGUUGUUCUAUCGCUCACUGAAAGAAUAUUCCUUUGAAUAUGUCCGGCAGGAGACGGGAAUUGAUGAUAUCCCAGAUGUCAAGAAUGACUUUGCUUUUAUGCUUCAUAUGAUAGAUCAGUAUGAUCCUCUCUAUUCGAAGAGGUUUGCUGUCUUUCUGUCUGAAGUCAGUGAAAAUAAGCUGAAACAGCUGAACUUAAACAACGAGUGGACUGCAGAUAAACUAAGACAGAGGCUACAAACGAACUCCCAUAGCCAUUUGGAGCUACAGCUUUUCAUGCUCUCCGGAUUACCUGACACAGUGUUUGAAAUCACCGAGCUGCAGUCUUUAAAACUUGAAAUCAUUAAUAACGUAAUGAUACCAGCAACCAUUGCACAGUUGGACAAUCUCCAGGAGCUGUCACUGCACCAGUGUUCUGUGAAGAUCCACAGCGCUGCCUUGGCCUUUCUGAAGGAGAAUCUCAAGAUCCUGAGUGUGAAGUUUGAUGACAUCAGAGAACUUCCGCACUGGAUGUACGGCCUCAGAAAUCUGGAAGAGCUCUAUUUAAUUGGCUCCUUAAGUCAUGAUAUUUCCAAAAACAUUACAUUGGAAUCCUUUCGGGAACUUAAAAGCCUUAAAGUUCUUUACAUAAAAAGUAAUUUGUCCAAAAUACCACAGUCUGCAGUCGAUGUUUCGAGUCACCUGCAAAAAUUGUGCAUCCAUAACGACGGCACUAAGCUGGUGAUGCUCAACAACCUGAAGAAGAUGGUCAACUUGACACAGCUGGAACUGGUUCACUGUGAUUUAGAGCGCAUACCUCACGCAGUCUUUAGCCUUCUCAGUCUUCAGGAGUUGGAUUUAAAGGAAAACAACCUCAAAUCCAUUGAAGAAAUAGUAAGUUUUCAACAUCUGAGAAAACUGACAAUCCUAAAGCUGUGGUACAACAGCAUAACAUACAUCCCAGAGCAUAUAAAGAAACUCACCAGUCUCGAACGGCUUUCCUUCAGCCAUAACAAAAUAGAGGUUCUUCCAUCCCACCUAUUCCUAUGCAACAAAAUCAGAUAUUUGGAUUUGUCUUACAAUGACAUUCGCUUUAUUCCACCUGAAAUAGGAGUUCUGCAGAGUUUACAGUACUUUUCCAUUACUUGCAACAAAGUGGAGAGCGUGCCAGAUGAACUGUACUUUUGCAAAAAACUUAAGACUCUGAAAAUUGGGAAAAAUAACUUGUCAGUCCUUUCACCUAAAAUUGGUAAUUUGGUAUUCCUCUCCCACUUGGAUAUUAAAGGCAAUCACUUUGAAAUUCUCCCACCAGAACUUGGUGAAUGUAGGUCUCUGAAGCGGACUGGUUUCACUGUAGAGGACACUUUGUUUGAAACGUUGCCUUCUGACGUCAGGGAACAAAUGAAAGCUGAAUAAGUAGCUUCCUCUUGCUCAGCUUUACAGAAAUAACGCUUCUACUAAAAACCCUGUAGAAAGUGCAUACUCCGAAUAUGCAUUUAGUUUAUCUUUUUUUUUUCUUUUUUUUUUUUUUGCUUUUUUGAAAAGUCCUUUCUGUACAGACAAAUUUGGAGUAAGGAGUACAUAUAUUUUUAAAAUAAAAUUUUCUUGUAUUUUUUCACUGUUUUAAGAUAUUUUUAAGUUUAUUUUGCCCUGACAACAAGGGUGUUUGUAACUUAAUUUUUACUAGCAAAAGUAAAUGGUUUUGUCUGCUGUUUUCUUUUUUUUUUUUUUCCUCUCUCCCUUUGGUAAAUCCCAAUUGGGAAGUUGUAUUUAAACUGUAUGCUUUGGAUUGCAUAAUUUGUAACAGGUAAUUAUAUUGUCUUCCUGGUUACUGUUAAUCUCUUAGGAUGUGGUCUUCAACAGGUAGUUCUGCAGGUGCUGAAUGCCUCAUUCCUUCUUUUUUUUUCUGAUGGGAACUGAAGGUGUUCAACAUCUACCAAGGUCUGGGUUGACCUUCCUUUAAUUUAUGGCACUGUUUUCUCAGAUGGCCAAAGCAAGUAGAUACGGUUCUUUCCAUACAAGGGCUGGAGGUACUUCCAUAGGUCGGAGGGAGUAUGCAGAACUCCUCCAGGGCCUUUUGGAAAGUGUAGUCCAGGUCUCUGUUUGCGUGCUGUCGGAGCAGGAGGCGCUGACUGCGAUUUCCGCUCCAGAGCCGGAGGAGUGAGGGCACAGGUCAUAGAGGAGUCCCUACAAAAUGACGCAUGCUGAAGAUUUUCAGAACAAUGCAAAGGGAUUCAGCUGCCCAUUUCCUGCUGACGUGAAUGGAAGGGGUGUGAUGAAUGCACAGUGUUGGAAAAGUCAACCCAGGGAGAUAAAACACUAUUUUCAAAAAAUGCUCUACCCAUCCUCCACUUCGUGUCUGGUCCUGCAAGGGAGAAAAGUGUCCUCUGCAUCUUUCAGUCGCUUCCCACAGGGAUGCUUGGCAGCAUGCAGGACCGGGAUCCAGAAAAAGUGCAAUCGUCUUUAGUUUGUGAACCUUCUGGCAAGGAAAUAACAUUAUUUCUAACAGUGAACAUGCUCCUUAUUUGAGCUUUGGUAUUACACUGCCAAGCCCAACAGAGGAACAUUUGCAGAUUUGCAAAAAUGGGAUUCAGUGAAUACAUUAUGAAUACAUUAACUUUUUCAAAGUCUCAGCCUCCAGAGGACAGUGAAGAAGGCUAUGUUUUCCUCUCCCAGAUAGUAAUUAAAUCAGAAAUCCUACACUUGGAGGUCUGACUGCUUUUUAAAAUAAUUUAGUAGUCGAUAAUAAGUCUUUAAUGAUUAUGCUUCAAGUUGGGAACUUUGUCCUCUGAAACUGUUCUGUUGUUUAUUUAUCCAGCCACUUGCUUUCUUCUAGGCAAGUUUGGCAGACAUAGUCCAUGAUAACUCACGUGCUGCUCGCAAGCUAAUUUAAGCUAAUAAAAAAUAACCGUAUGAUAGCAAAGUACUCAGCUGGGAGGAGACCUUUUCAUCCUAUCCAGCAAUGCACAUUUGAGUCAGAUGCAGGCACUGGAUAAAUGCUUUGCAAGGAUACCUAGGAGUAAGUACUUCUUUCUCCAGGAGACAAUGCUGUUUAUAAGUUGCAGAUUGUUCGAGGUUCUAUAAAAUAACUGUUUGACUGUUGUUGGGUUGGUUGCUGUUAAAUGUUUUCUAUCUGCGACCAAGUGUUUUGAACUACCGUUGUUCUGAGGUCUUGAGCUUAUUGUUGUUUUGAGUCAGACUUACACAGAUGGGGAGACAAAAUGAGUGUUUCCCCAUUCAUUCAGGGUGUGAUGCACAAUCCGAUGAGUGGGUUUGCCCCCAGACCCAGUGAGUGAUUUGUUGUGCGUGAGCGUGUUCUGGAGAUGAUCCGUGUGAUUAAUCAAAGCUGGGUCAGGCAUGGAAGAAUCAAAAUGAUUUUUUUUUUAAAGUGGUUUGAUUUAGUUCCGUGAAAGAGCUAUAACUGAUGUAGCUAUUGCAAGAGCUACUCUUACUCAUAUAUGGAAUGCACUUAUUGGAACAGCUUGGCAGUAUAUAUAUAUUCUAAAUGUAUUUCACUUUGAUGUAAUGCAAGGGAGAGAAAUGUUUCGUUGCUCAUAUUAACCUAAUUAUGUAAACCAAAGUGCUGUUGUCCCUGAUGAAUGUAAGCUGUUCAAAAUGUCCAAGUAGUCGGUGGAGCUGUAGAGUUAUCUUACUUAGAUUUGAAAUACGGGAUUACAUUUGGAGUUUUUUAAGAAAAUCUUUAUAUUCCUAGAUGUUGCAUUUUAAGCCUAUAAUUUAUUUUGUGUCUGAUGUUGUUCCGUGUGCAGCGGUCUGUCUUCUGAAUGGAAAUGAUGCACACCUCAUAACUGAAGGCUGGAGAUUUGUUCUGUGCUCUGUUUUUAAAUACAUCGUGUGGAGGAUGUGGGGGUUUUGUUUGCCACUGAUUAUAUUUAUGCCAGUGCAAUCCCUCAUGUGGACGCAGUUACAUGAGUAUAAAGUGCCUUGUGCUGGUAUUUCCUUAUUUACCUUCUGCAUAGGAAUAAACCUUACCAGCCUAAGCACUUUCAAGCUAAUAACUGUAUCUUCCCCAAGGGUUUGGUCUGUUAGGACAGCUUAGUCAAUGGAACAGUUUGCUGCCCCUGAGGAGGGAUUUCCUUGGUGUCCUUCCUCCUCCCCUGCUCCCAUUGCGCAGCAUCUGACUGCUUCGCUCAUACCUUUACAGCUCUGGUGCUUGUCUGUUCCCUCCACAGGACAAAUCAGCCUACUGAGCCAGCAGAAAACAAAGAAAAAAAAAAGGGGGGGGGGGUGGGGGGGAACACGACACAUUUGCUGCAGGCUCAGCUCUCUGAAGGAUCGAUGGACACUGGGGUAGGAGCAGCCAGGGUCUGUGCCAGGAGCAAUGGGUGGGCUGCUUUGGAGAUGCUAGGUCAGCUCAGCACUUGGAGAGCCAUGUGCUGUGUGUGUAGCAGAGUCAGGUGGCAUGGCUUUCAUGGUUGGACAGCCCUCAGGCUUGUGAAUGAAAAAAAUAUCAGAUCACUGUUAAACUGAAUGAAACAAACUCAGGUAGCUGCACUGCUGACUUUUCUAUACUUCCUAUCUAGUCUGUGGGGUGUAUUUUCCAAAACUGUAUUGUAUUUUAGAAGUGCGUCAGCUCAGAGAAGAUUGUUUCCUAAUUCUGUAUGACCUCCUGGAAAACAUAUAAAAGUGCCAUAUUUACUCAGUGAUUCGUGUACUGCUCAUAUGUAUAUUCAUGUGCAAUUGCAUACUAGAAGACUUUUCUGUGAACUAUAGUAUUUGGCUUGGAAUGGAUGGACUUCUUGUGGAUGAUGCUUCAGGCAUGGUUUGUAUGAGUUCAUAUAAUUAAUUACACUAAUCAGGUGCCUAAUAACUAAUACAAUUGCCAGAAUAUAAGAAAGUCAUUUAACAUUAUUGCUUAAAAAUAAUACAAGUCUUCCUUGGUAGCAGAAGCAGAGGUGACAGUGCCUCAAAAAUAAGAAGACAAUCUUAAUUGUGCAUUAAGCCUGAAAAACAAAACUGCUUUGAGAUCAAAAUCGGGUGGUGUGCACUUCCACCUUUGUCACAGUUAGGAUGGAUAUCAUGCUGACCUUGUGCAUCCAACCAGUUCAGCAGCUUCUGCAAAUUGUGAUUGUGAAGCGCCUGCUCCGAGUCUCAUAUCGCAUUUCUGGCACUUGCACUAAUUCUUGUGUUGAGUGGUGACAUGUCCUGUAAGAAUGCCAAGGAAAAACUUUGAGAUUUGACCAAAUGGACAGACACCUUAAUCCUGCAGCAAGGAUCUUAAUUUGUCGAUAGACCUGCCUAGUGUUACGUUGCAAUAUAGUGCACCCAGGAAAAAGUGAAAUAAAACGUUCUUUUAUAAUAAUGAG